GGCAUCACCGCGCAGUCGCGAACCCUGCAGUUUGCCGCUUAUACAUUUGACACGAGCAUGAGCGACAUAUAUGGCACCUUCAUGCAGGGCGCUGUGCUCUGCGUGUGUUCUGAUUGGGACCGGCUGAACGAUCUCGCCAGGAGUAUCAGAUCUCUGAACGCGAAUUAUGUUUGCCUAACACCUACAGUUGCUGAACAGCUUGAGCCUCAAGAAGUUCCAUCGUUACGAACUCUUUGCGUAGGUGGUGAGGCAUUGACAGCUACUCUUGUUGAUAAAUGGGCGGAAAGGCUUGAUUUGAUAAAUGUCUACGGCAUUACUGAAUGCCUGGUCUGGACUUUUACAACCAAACCGAUACGACCUGGCCAAUUCUCGCGCAGCAUUGGUCGUCCGGCUUGUGGAAGAGCUUGGAUUACCGAUGUGGAGGAUCCAUCUCAGCUCCUCCCAGUUGGUGCUAUUGGAGAACUUCUCAUUGAGGGUCCCAACUUGGCUCGAGAGUACCUGAAUGACCCAAUAAAGACUGCCGAGGCCUUUAUCAGCCCUCCUCAGUGGCUACAGGAUAUGCGAGCAUUACAUCCACCGCCGGAGAGGCUUUAUCGCACCGGAGAUUUGGUCCGAUAUGCUGAGGAUGGGACGAUUGAGUUUCUAGGGCGGAAAGAUACGCAGGUCAAGUUAAACGGACAACGUGUAGAGCUCGGAGAGAUUGAGUAUCACAUGAAGAAAUUGUUACCAUUGAGCGCGCAAGUUGCGGCACACGUUCUCCCUGAUUUCCCUCCCACUCGGACAACGCUUGUUGCCUCGAUAUGUUUAAGCACGGACUCCUCGUCCAGAGAGUUGCAGGACGACUUUCACUUGGAGUCGAAUGGCUUCUCUAAUGGAAAAAUGCAUGCAGUUCAGGAUCUCAAUGCGGACUUUGAAGCGGUCGUACAGAAGUUGCGCCCAGCCUUGAUGCAGUCCCUACCAUCGUUACUUGUUCCAACAAGAUUUAUACCAGUACAACGCAUGCCACUUACAGUGUCUGGAAAGCUGGACCGCCGGAUGCUACAACAAAUAGUCACAGAAUAUCUAAGCUCAUACCCACUUGAGUCGAGCAUUCUAGGUAAUGGUCAUAUCCGAAGACCACCUUCGACGAAGGCUGAGAAGCAACUCGCAACCCUGUGGUCAACCAUCCUUGGUGUGAACUAUCAAGCCAUCAGUGCAGAUCACGAAUUUGUCCGACUGGGCGGUGACUCUGCGCAGGCCAUGAAGCUCGUCACUCUCGCUCGUAAGAGCGGUCUGCACUUGACCGUUGCAGACAUUCUUCAGCAUCAGCAGCUCUCCGAAAUGGCGAAUGUAUCCAAGCCUCUUGUAAGUAAGUCUCAGGAUAUUAUACCGCCAUUUGCUCUUCUCAAGGCCCCGGCAGAGGUACGCCAAAUAGCAGCUAAGCAGUGCGGAUUGACGGAAGAGUUAAUCCAAGACGCGUAUCCCUGCACACCACUUCAAGAGGGUCUGCUCGCUCUGUCACUCCGCCAUGAAGGAGCAUACGUAGCACAGACAGUAAUCGAGAUACCCCGUACGAUGUCUCCUGCUCUUUACAUGAAAGCCUGGGAGCAAGCCUAUCGAGAGUACGCAAUAUUGCGCACCAGGAUCAUCGAAACGGAUGAGGGGCUCGUUCAAGUUGUAAUUGACGAGGACCUGAUCUGGAAUCAUGCGGAUAAUUAUGACCGGUAUUUGCAUGAAGACAAAUCCCUACCAAUGAACGUGGGUUCUAGGCUUAACAGAUUCGCAAUAAUCCUCGACCGCGAUAGUGAAAGCUCUUGCAGCCUCUCAUGGACUGCGCAUCAUUGCACCUACGAUGGCUGGUCAGCAGCGCUGAUUGUCCAAGAAGUUAGUCGUAUAGCCGCAGGACAACAGAGCAACACCCAUACAGGCUUCAAUCAUUUCAUAAGCUAUCUGCAGGAGCAGGACGUGGAAAAGUCCGAGACGUACUGGAAAGAGCAGCUGCGAGAGGUCGAGGCACCUGUAUUUCCCACUCGUUCCAGGUCUUUACAAGGACCCGGAACUGUCCAGAGCGUGCAGCAAAGGAUAUCAAUGGCCCCCAGAGAUGUUUUUACGAGCUCUACUCUCGUUCGUGCUGCGCUUGCAAUUCUCAUCUCCAAGUACAGCAACACUGAUGAUACAGUAUUCGGCACGGUUGUUUCAGGACGUAACGCUGCGAUAGAAGGGAUAGAAACAAUCAUUGGGCCAACGUUCUCAACAGUGCCCAUUAGGAUCCAGAUUGACGAGAAUCGCAGCGUCUCGGAUUUUCUUGAACAAGUACAGAAACGGGCGCUUGAAAUGAUGCCGUAUGAGGCCCUGGGCUUGCAAAAUAUACGAAAGCUCAGCGAGGACACACAAAUCGCUUGCGACUUCCAAUGCCUCCUUAUCACUCAGCCACUUGAAGAGCAGGUAGACCUAGGUGGCAUUAAGAUCACUUAUGAAGAGCUAUCCGACGCAGGAACAUACCCAUUGACCAUUGACUGUAAAUUUGAAUCAGGCACGGCUCUAUUGAAGGCAUUCUUCGAUUCAGGAGUCCUGGAUUCCUCCUCAGCAGAACGGGUACUCCUGCAAUUAGACAGCAUCAUUCAACAACUUCGUAAUGCACCGUGGGACCAACAUCUUGGAGAAAUUGAUUUGGCGGGUACUGCAGACAAAUCUCUCAUUUGGGAAUGGAAUGCCAGCUAUCCGAGCGCUAUUGAUCGACGCGUAUGUGAAGUGAUAGAAGAGAGGUGCGCUCUAUCCCCAAGCAAAGAGGCUGUAUGCUCGUGGGACGGCAACUUCACCUACAAAGAACUGGACACUCUUUCUUCUCAUCUCAGCCAGCAUCUGGCGCAACUCGGUAUUGGGCCAGAAGUCAUUGUCCCGGUCUCUUUCGAACGAAGCAAAUGGGUUGUAGUCACAGUACUCGCGGUCAACAAAGCCGGUGGAGCCUUUGUACUCUUGAACCCCACACAUCCUAUUGAAAGACUGCAAAGCGUUGUAUCCCAAACAAACUCACCCAUAAUAUUGAGUUCCAGAGAGUGUUUAAAGCUAUCCCAAAAGCUCCUUCCGGCUGCAAUCGUUGUCGAGGAUUUCUUGAAAGCAAGGAGAAACUCGCCCAAGCCGGUCCAACAAGUUCAGGUGACAACAAAUGGGACACAUGCAAUGCAUCCUAGAUAUGCGCCAUCGGACCUCCUUUACGUGGUGUUCACAAGUGGAACGAGCGGUGCGCCAAAAGGGAUAAUGAUUGAAAACCGUUCGUUUUGCACCUACAUCGACGCUUUAGCUAGAAAGACCAAUGCACAAAGCACUUGGCGUGGUUUGGUCUCUUCGGCUUAUAGCUUUGACUCAAGUCUCGAAGAGAUGCUGAUGCCGUUGAUGAUUGGAGGAACAGUCUGUAUGCCGUCGCAACACGAGAUUUCAAACGACCUGACUGGUGCGAUGAACAGAAUGGGGGUACAUUGGGGCGUCUUCACGCCUUCCCUUGCACGGCUUAUAGACCCCAGGCAACUAAAGACCCUCACAGACCUAUACAUUGGUGGUGAGCAGAUGACAGACGCCUUGGUGCAGACAUAUGGAAGCUGCGUAAGGCUGACGAAUACGUACGGCCCAAGUGAGUGUUGCCCCACGGGCUGUGUGUCCUCGACACCUGAGCUCUAUGGCGGUCAUAUUGGCCGAGGUGUGGCAUGCCGGACGUGGAUCGUCGACCCUAUCAAUCAUGAGCGCCUGGUACCUGUAGGGUGCAUUGGCGAGCUAAUUCUUGACGGCCCGAACGUAGGUCGCGGAUACCUGAACGACGAUGAGAAGACUCGUGCAGCUUUCAUUGAUCCGCCAUCUUGGCUCCGUGCAAUGGAGCCCUCUAAUGCUGGGAAUGAUGACCAUCAGUACCCACGCAGAAUGUAUAAGACGGGUGACCUCGUACGGUACUGCUCCAACGGCACAAUAGAAUACAUUGGCCGCAAGGAUCAGCAGGUCAAGCUCUAUGGCCAGCGCAUUGAGCUGUCUGAGAUCGAACAUCAUAUCCAGUCUUGUUUGUUGGAGCCAGCAGAAGUCAUUGUUGAGGUCGCUACCCGCAAUCCAGAAUCUCAUCAGCAAAUGUUGGUGGCUUUCAUCGUCUUUUCUAGAGGCGACACGGGAAUAGAAGACACGGGUAGUAGCCCAGCUCAGGCUGAUCCACGUAUUGUUAACCUUCGCCAAGCUCUAGCGGGGCGGAUUCCCUCAUACAUGCUUCCAUCUUUGUAUCUGGAGCUUCAGAAGCUGCCGCUUACAAGCUCUGACAAAGUUGACCGGAGACAGCUCAAACAGUCGGUAUUUAACCUAACAGAGGCGGAAUUCCUGGCAGCAGCAGGCACGAGCAGGCAAAAGCGUCCACCGGAGACGGAAAUCGAACUAGAACUACAGAUUCUCUGGUCCGAGGUACUCAGAAUAGAGAAAGGCAACAUAGGAUUGGACGAUGAGUUCUUCCGUAUGGGCGGCGACUCUAUACAAGCAAUUAGACUGACAACAUUGGCUCGAAACAAAGGGUGGAGCCUCACCGUGGCUGAUAUCACGAGAUAUUACUCGUUAGAGCGUAUGUCGCAGCGCAUGAUACGUCUGGGAAUCGCUGCACAAGCCCCAUCAUCUUUUUCUUUGAUACCCGACGAACAGGAUGAAACCAUCCUGAUAAGUGAAGCAGCGAAAUGCUGUGGAGUCGAGGACUCAUCAAUCGAGGACAUUUACCCAUGCUCGCAUCUACAAGGGGGAUUAAUGGCUUUGUCUUUGAAACACCCUGGGUCUUACAUUUCCAACAAUGUCUUUGAACUCCCCCCUGACUUGGAUGUCCAUAGGCUCUCAAUUGCCUGCCACAAGCUUGUACAAAACAACCCAAUUCUGCGCACUCGUAUAGUGCACACAAAUUCAGCUUUCUACCAAGUGGUACUAAAGGAUGACUUCCAAUGGAGGGCUGAAGAGGGUUUUGAACCCAACUCGCACGCUAUUCUGUCAAAUAGCAUGGGACUUGGAGCAAGCUUAUGUCGCUUCGGAUCUACGUACGAUACUCGGACAGGUAGGCGCUUGCUGUUAUGGACAAUACACCACGCGCUAUACGACGGUUGGUCCAUGAAUCUAUUGCACAAACAGCUAGAUGAUUUGCUCCGGGGCCGUCCUCCUACGCCAACCGCGCCGUACAGUCUGUUCAUACACCACGUGAAGGAGAAAUCGGGGCAGGCGUGUUGUAUGUUUUGGAGACAAACAUUCACCGGUGCUGCCCCAGUUCACUUUCCAAGACUUCCUGGAUCGAACUAUCUCCCACAACCUAACCGGAGGCUGGAGCGCUCUCUGGAGAUUCGGCAGGAGUACGCCCCUCACGUAGGGAUAUCGAAUGUAAUAUAUGCAGCUUUGGCGAUUGUCAUAUCACGUUAUACGGAGUGCGACCAUGUGAGCCUUGGCAUAACAACUUCUGGCCGGAAAGCAGAUCUCCUGGGCAUCGAAACUAUCUCCGGCCCAACCUUCGCAACAGUGCCUGUGGUUGUGCGACUAGAUCCUUCCAAUACUAAAGAUGUGCUCUUGCACAAGAUCUUGGAUCAAUCAAUCGAGCAGACCGAGUAUGAACAAUAUGGUCUCGAACACAUCAGAGAUGCUAGCCCUGAAGCUAAAGAUGCUUGUGCAUUUCAAACGCUGGUUGUAGUGCAGCCAGUGGAGUCCAGCAACGACGACCAAGAAAAUUCCAUAUUGCGUGACAUCUCACUAGAUCAGCCUGAUAUCAACACGCACCCGCUGAAUAUUGAGUGUCAGCUGACAGCAAGCGGCCUCGUAAUGAAGGCCGGCUUCGACACACAAGUCAUAUCAGAGUUCAAUGUCUCUCAUCUUCUUUCUCAAUUCUGUCAUGUCAUGAGGCAGCUUUGCUCACUGAAUGAAUGCACUGUCAAAGAGAUCACAACGACAAGUCCGCAAGAUAUAGCUCAAAUUGCGUCCUGGAACCGCGAUCUUCCUCAGUCUGUCGAAGCCUGCGUGCAUGACUUGGUCUUGGAGAAAUGCAUAUACACGCCAGCAGCUCAGGCUGUGUGCGCAUGGGAUGGUGACCUCACAUACGCUCAGCUCGAGGAGCAUUCUCGUCUCGUUGGCUUGCAUCUGCAGCAGGAAGAGAAUCUGAUAUGCGGGGAUAUCGUCCCGCUACUAUUCGACAAGUCGUUAUGGGCCGUGGUCUCUAUGCUGGCUGUUCUCCGGGCGGGGGCUACCUGUGUAUUUUUGGAUUUGGUCAAUCACCCCCUUACUCGAAUGCAGAAGAUCUGCGAAGAGGCGAAAGCGAAAGUAAUUGUCUGCGGACCUGCACACUAUGACACCGCCUUGUCACUGGCCCCUCGAGCUUUUCCGGUGGGCCCGAAGUCUUCAGCUGCAUCGGUAGCAGAUGCAAAUAGACCCUUGCUAAGCAACGUCUGCCCCAGAGAUGCGGCUUUCAUCAUUUUUACGAGUGGGUCAACAGGGACGCCGAAAGGAAUUGUCCAUGAGCACCAGUCGUUAAGCACCAGCUAUGCAGCUCUUGGAAGUGCAAUCAACCUCAGUGACAAAUCUCGGGUGUACCAGUUUUCUGCUUUUACUUUCGAUAUGUGUGUCAUCGAAACCCUAGCAACGCUAGUGUCAGGUGGUACUGUAUGUAUCCCAUCAGAAGAAGAGCGGUUGAACGAGGUAGAGGGUUCCUUCUCGCGUUUCAAAUGUAACUGGGCAUUUUUCACGCCUUCGUUUGCUCGGCAUCUAAAGCCAGCAAAACUCUCAGGCCUCCAGACGCUUUGCCUGGGCGGCGAAGCUAUCACGCAGGGUGAUGUGGAUUUAUGGUCGCCACAUGUCAGCGAGCUGAUGACCAUAUCGGGGCCAGCUGAGACCUCACUGAGUACAGCCGGUACGCUUUUGGGUCCUCAUGGAUUGCCUUACAUCGGUAAUAUGAUUGGAGGCCUAAGCUGGAUUGCCGAAAUCACAGAUCACACAAGGCUCGCUCCAGUCGGAGUAAUUGGUGAGUUGCUUGUAGAAGGGCCAGUCUUAGCCCGAGAGUACCUCAAUCAGCCGCACCAAACAGCCAGUGCAUUUGUAGAAAUACAGGACUGGCUGUCAGACGAUCCAGUCAAGCCUCUGCGCCGGCUCUAUAAGACUGGCGACCUGGUACGGUACAAUUCUGAUGGGAGCAUGCAGAUAUUUGGGCGCAGAGACGGACAAGUUAAGAUCCGUGGACAACGUGUCGAACUCGAGGAAGUUGAGCACCUUGUCAGCAAAGUGCUAGAAUCAAAGCUGAAUGCCUCGGAUGUCUACAAAAGUGCUGUUGACGUAUUCAGUCCUGCCGAUGACCAGGAAACAACAUAUCUCGCUAUCUUCGUUGCCAUAAAACUCGAUUUAACGUCCAAUGCGAUGGAUGGACUGAGAAAUUAUGUAAUUGAGAGGCUACAGGACCACCUGCCACCUUAUAUGGUGCCAUCUUUGUUAGUACCAUUGCCAGAGAUUCCAAUGACACCAUCAAAGAAGCUCGAUCGAAAGGGACUUCGCUUGACUGCCUCAGCGAUGUCCAAGGGCGAACUGGCCAAACACAUGGGCACGCCUAGGAAGACACGAGUUCCGCCCUCGGGCCCAAUGGAAAAGACCGUUCAACGCUUGUGGUCGACAAUCUUGCACGUCAAUGCGGAUGAUAUUUCUUCUGAAGACAAGUUUCUCCAGCUUGGUGGUGACUCUAUCAGAGCCGUCUCCUUCGUCUCAUCAGCGCGGGAAGAAGGCCUAUAUGUCACUGUUGCUGAUGUCUUCCGGCAACCCAGGCUUUGCGACCUAGCAACAGUUAUGCAACAUAUGUUGACGAAUCAGGCGGGCGCCCAGUCGCCCGUGGCUACAUACCGCGCUGCUCCAAAAUGUCUUGACUCAGACUUGCUUGCUGCUAUUUGCAAAGAAGUUCCCCAAUUCGCUGAGGUCGAUUGUGCCGAUUUGCGCAGGUGCACGCCUACUCAACAGUUCAUUCUGACCGCACAUCGUUUGGGCCACGAAGUGUUCCAACCAUACAUGUCGUUCAAGGCUAGAAUGACUGAUGGGGCAAUUGAGGUCGACCGUCUGGUGCGAGCUUGGGAGCAGACGGUUGCCAAGCACUCCAUCUUGCGAACCGUUCUCGUGCCAUUUCCUAGUAAUGGCAAACAGUGGUAUCAAUUCGUCCUCGAGAAACAUCAGCCGGAGGUGCAUUACAUUAGCAGCAAUGACCAAUCUGCUUACCAGCAGGUAGGCGACCUAUUGCAGAAUUCUCGUAGGCAUCUGCCCGCCUGUCAGCUCCUCAUUGGAGAGACUAGAGAAAACAGCGUCACUUGUACGCUUCACAUUAGCCAUGCGCUCUUGGAUGGUGGUUGUGUCGAUGAGCUCUUCGAGUGUAUUGCAUCGUGCUAUUCUGGUAUCCCUUCGGCGUCUGUAGGCCCACAAUAUCGGGACUUUCAGUAUCAUCUUGAGACCAGGUCAAUCGACGACUCUAUGCAGUUCUGGUCUCACCACUUAGAAGGUCUGAUGCCUUGUCUGGUGCCAACUAAAGGUUCCGGGAUUGGUUUUAGCGAUUUCCGCUCACUGACAAUCCCCAUCCCUAGCAUGGUGCUGCUAAGACAACUGUGCCUUCAGCACGGGGUAACUAUCCCAAUUCUUAUUCAAAGCGCCUGGGCCAGCACCGUGCGUCGAUAUACGAGCAACGAUGAAGUUACUUUUGGGUAUGUCGUGUCUAAUCGAGACAUCGAGAUGGAGGGCGUAGAGAAGAUCAUCGGACCCGUUUUCGGUAUACUCGCCCACCGUCUCCAUGUGGAUGAGGGCGCGUCCACAGUGAGCAUCUUGAAGCAAUGCCACGAAAGCUUCAUCAGCUGUCUGCCCCACCGAGGUCUCUCCUACCUUGAGUACUACGAACGCCUCCAUGGUCAUCUUCCUGGACAAGAACUGUUCAAUACGGUAAUCAACCACCGCAAGUUUGCGCGUUCGACAUCGAAACAGGAGGCCAACGAUUCUCCAUUGAGUUUGAAUGUAACAACCACCAUUGAUCCUUUUGCCUAUGAUAUCUUACUUGGUAUCGACGAUGAUGACGAUAAUGAGAUAUCUGCACAGCUUGAUUACUGGGGGUCGCGCGUCACGAAUGCACAGGCGCGCGAGCUAGCCACUGCGUUUGCCUUGGAGCUUGUUGUAGCGUGCAUAGGUCCCAAGUGACAUAGAUCAAGAUCAAGAAUUGGACGACAAAUAGAAGAACGCACGCGCUGUCUUGUCUCUGGGGUCAUCCUCCUCUGUCCUUAGCGAUACAGUGACAGGAACUGGGUUUUGAUGUUGGGCGUAUGCAUGCAUUGUGAUUUUAUGGAUGCCCUGAAGAUAUCCGCUAGCACUUGCGAGCUUUAUCAGGUUGAUCUCCGCUGACUCUGAUUCUUCAUUGGGGGGCUUGAUAGCAAUGGAACAGUGGCAUAGGAGAGGAUCGUCGUCGUCUUGCAGCUGAACUUUGGUAGGACCUAAGCGAGGCCGACGACGAUUGGUCACUUCUCUAAUUUCCAUCUACCUUAUAAGCUACAAUUACGUAUAUACAGUGCAAAAGAAACUCCAGAGAACUGAAUUUAGAUCCAU